AUGGCCGACGACAACACCGCUGCCCCCACCACCACCACCACCGAUUCCGCCGCCUCCUCCAGCACACUGCCGAAUACCAAUACGCAGCAAUCCGCCACCCAGCAGUCAUCGGCCGACGACGCCGUCCUCGACAACCAGCAGGAGCGAGAUCUCGACGCCGAGAUCAAUCCUGCAGCUCCACCUUCCUCCGGAGACAUCACCAUGGACUCCACCACGGAGCAGUCUGCCGCCCCUCCAGCUUCCGCAACAGCACCCAAUGCCGAGACAAAUGGCCUGAGCGACAUACCUGCAGUCGUCGAGCCGAGGAUACCGCAGAAGAAGGACUCAUCCUUGCGCGAGUUCAUGGGCAAGAUGGACGACUAUGCCCCGCUGAUCCCAGACGCUGUCACCGACUACUACCUCACAUUGGCGGGUCUGCCACCGCCACCAGAGACCGACAGGCGGCUGGCUCGACUACUGGCUCUUGCGACCCAGAAGUUCAUCGCAGACAUCGCGGCCGACGCCUAUCAAUACAGCAGGAUUCGAAGCACUAACACUACGUCGAACAACCCUAUGACGGGCUUGGGAGGAGCUGCUGGCUUUGGCACGAACAUGCCGGCAGGUGGAGAAGGCGAAGGCGGCGGCAAAGGCAAGAAAGAUCAGAAGGCAGCACCACUGGGAGGACCGAGGGCGGGAUACGGCGGGGGAGGAGCUGGCGGUGGACAGGGCAGGACCGUGCUCACCAUGGAAGACUUGGGCAUGGCGGUUGGCGAGUACGGCGUCAACGUGAAGCGGGGAGAGUUCUAUCGAUAA